GGUGGCACCCACUGCACAGCCCCCUUGGCAGCCUGGGGACACCAAGGAGACCUGCUGGGGACUCUGAUGGCCUGGUGCUCAUCCCACGGUGUCUGUGGGGCCUGGGACAGCCACCUCACCGUGUCCCCUCCUCCUGUCCCCCUGCCCAGGGAUGGGGACUCCUCAUCUGAGAUCAUGCAGCUGGAUUUCGAGAUGGAGAACUUCACGAGCCAGUCGGUGACGCGCCGCAUCAUGUGGCACAUCGACUACCGGGGCCGCAACCCCCCGCCCGACCUGGAGAAGGUGGUCACCGAGCUGACGGUCAUCCAGAGGGACAUCAGGGCCAUCGUGCCCCUGGCCAUGGACACGGAGAUCAUCAACACAGCCAUCCUGACGGGGCGCACGGUGGCCAUUCCCGUCAAGGUCAUUGCCAUCGAGCUGAGCGGUGCCAUCGUGGAUGUGUCAGCCAUGGUGGAGUGCAAGUCCAACAACGAGGACAUCAUCAAGGUUUCCAGCAGCUGUGACUACGUCUUUGUCAGCGGGAAGGAGUCUCGGGGCUCCAUGAGCGCCCGGGUCACCUUCACCUACGAGCACCUGUCGGCCCCGCUGGAGAUGACGGUGUGGGUGCCCAAACUGCCCCUGCACAUCGAGCUCUCGGAUGCCCGGCUGAGCCAAGUCAAGGGCUGGAGGGUGCCCAUCCUGCCGGACAGGAGGUCGGUGCGGGACAGCGAGCACGAGGAGGAUGAGGAUGAGCGGAAGCAGAGCCGGGGCUGUGCCCUGCAGUACCAGCACUCCACGCUGCAGGUCUUCACCCAGUUCCACACCACAGCGGCCGAGGGCACGGGCCAGGUGGUCACCAUGCUGGGGCCGGACUGGCUGGUGGAGGUCACCGACCUGGUCAGCGACUCCAUGCGCGUGGACGACCCGCGGGUGGCCCGCUUGGUGGACAGCUCCACGCUGGCCGGGCGGGAGCCGGGCACCACCCUCUUCAAGGUGGUGUCCCCGCUGGUGGAGGCGGUGCUGGGCGAGACGCUGGUGACGGUGGCGGAGGAGAAGGUCAGCAUCACGGACCUGAAGGCCCAGGUGGUCUCCAGCCUCUCGCUGUCCCUCCACCCCAGCCCCGGCAACAGCCACACCAUCAUCGCCCGCACGUCCGUGCAGCAAACCCUGAGCUUCUUCAAGCAGGAAGCGCUGCUGAGCCUGUGGAUUUCCUACAGCGACGGCACCACGGCCCCCCUGUCCCUGUACGACCCCAAGGACUACAACCUGGUGGUGAGCAGCCUGGACGAGAAGGUGGUGACGGUGAGCCAGGACCGGGCGUUCCCCUUGGUGGUGGCGGAGAGCGAGGGCGCGGGGGAGCUGCUGCGGGCCGAGCUGGUCAUCUGCGAGAGCUGCCAGAAGACCAAGCGCAAGAGCGUGCUCUCCACGGCCCUGGCCACCGUGCGCGUCCACUUCGGCUCCGAGGAGGACCCCACCUACGACUACGAGCACGUGUCCAGCCGGCCGGGGCCGGGGGAGGCCGGGGCCAGCACCACCCUGCGGGCAGAGGUGGACAGGAGAGCGGAGCCCAGCGAGGACGGCCGCGCGUCCGGCGCGUCCCACCCCACCCAGGACUUCCCCACCAUCCCCACCGGCUUCGUGCAGGUGACGCGGGGGCUGACGGACCUGGAGAUCGGGAUGUACGCCCUGCUGGGCGUUUUCUGCCUGGCCAUCUUGGUCUUCCUCAUCAACUGCAUCGUCUUUGUGCUGAAGUACCGGCACAAGCGCAUCCCGCCGGAAGGCCAGACCAACACGGACCAUUCGCACCACUGGGUGUUCCUGGGCAACGGGCAGCCCUUGAGGGCUCACAGUGACCUGUCCCCGCAGCCCGAGAGCCCGGGGAACCCGCUGGAGAACGUGCAGAGCUGCUGCCACGGGGACCACCACAGCAGCGGGAGCUCGCAGACCAGCGUGCAGAGCCAGGUGCACGGGCGCGGGGACGGCUCCUCGGGGGGCUCCACGCGCGACCAGAGCGAGGACCCGCUCAACUCGCCCACCUCCAAGCGGAAGCGGGUCAAGUUCACCACCUUCGCCACCAUGCCCUCGGACGAGCUGGCCUACAACUCCAUCCCCAUCGCCGACGAGGAGGACUUGGAGUGGGUGUGCCAGGACAUGGGGCUGCAGGACCCCGAGGAGCUGCACAGCUACAUCCGCAGGAUCAAGGAGAUGGCUUAACGCGGGGUGGGGGGGGCGGCAGGGAGGGGCUGCCACGCUGUGCCGCCACGCUGUGCCACCCUGCGCCACGUGCCACCACGCCGUGCCACCACGCCGUGUCACCAACGCCGUGUCACCAACGCCGUGCCACCACGCUUCCCCGGGGCCGCACGCCGCGCGCGGCUCCUUCUUCCGCACAUCUCACGUCCUCACCCCGUCCAGAGGCUCCUCUGGGGGGGUCUUUUUUCAGUUCCCGCCCUUUCCCCACUGGUUCUCCCGGGGGGAGGCAGCAGCACCGGCGUGGCCCCCAGCCAGGGGAGCCAGGGGUCACAGCUCAGGGCGUGCGUG